CGCUGAUUGCUUCAAAGGCGAUGGUGAAGAGAUGAACGGCAAGAUUUAACACGUGAUUCGUCAGUAUGGAAAAGCCUUCUACGUGACGGUUCCUUGCGUGACAGAAGUCCACGGCGCAAUAUUUUAUCGCCUUGGGGAUUACAUGUAAGCCGGUCGCUGGUUAAAUUCACGAUCACCACGUUUUACUUCUCCUCGAAAACUAUUCGUUAAGGUCGUUUACCGCAGUUUUUCAGAUGUUGAUUGGCGUGGGGUAACAGAAGAAAUGGAACGUUUGAUCACGCAUGUUCGAAGACUUCCGGUCCGAAAGAAGAGAACGAGAGGGACAUCAGUGAGAGAGUGCGAAAUCGCAGCAAAUCUCAGCGGGUAUGAAUACGAGUUCUCAAACAGAGCUUCUAUGGACGGAAAAUGUACUGUGUGUCAUUUGAAAAUGAAGGCUUUGGUGCAGAAUGUCAGUUGUGAACACAGAUUUUGUAAAACCUGUAUGGAAUCCUUAUCGAGGCGGACGUUGCCGACAUGCCCAGCUGAUCGACAGCCAUUGUCAAGUGAGAGGAUUAUACCAAAUCGUUCUAUGAAGUGUUCCAAUGUGGGAUGUCCUUGGAUAGGAGACCAGCGGGCAGAGGAGAAACAUCAGUCAGAAUGCUUGUUGAAAGUCGUACGAUGUCCAAACUCAGGAUGCACAGAAAAUUUUACUAAACAAGACAUGACAACACACGCGGCAUUUGAUUGUUCUUGGAGGAAAAUGGAUUGCAAAUAUUGCGGAGAAACAUUUAUCAAGAAUCAGAGGCAGGAACAUUUUGAUGUUUGCAAGAAGUUUCCUGUUCAAUGCACCAACCAUUGCGGAUUUACUGAUAUCCCACGAGAGAAGUUGGAGGUUCAUAUUCAAGACGAAUGUCCGAACACUGAGGUUUAUUGUGAAUUCAAGCUUUUAGGAUGUGAAGCAAAGUUUCCUCGAUCAAAUACCCAGUCGCACUUGGAAUCUAACGUUGAAUUUCAUCUCAACAUAGCUCUUCGAGGUCUCGAAGCCACGCGCCAUCGAGUUCGUUCUCUGGUUGGUAUGGUGAAGGAUCAGUCAAAGAAGAUAGAAAGACUGGAAAAAGGCGUGUCAAAAGACAGGGAUCAGUCUCAGCCAGUGCUUAAGCGGAAGAAAGCAACUGAAUGCUCACUCUUUGUAUGGAAAAUAUCUAAUUUUCAAGCUGUUUGUGAGAGAGCGCGUUCAGGAAAACAAGAAGUCAUUCUUAGUGAACCGUUUUAUUUGACUAAAAACGGGUAUCGAUAUCAAAUCAAAAUGAUGCCCAAUGGAGGUGAAGCUGCGUCAACUCAUGUUACAGAUAGUUCAUUUAAGGGACUUUGGCUGUCGCUCUUUGUUAAAGUUGUUCCUGGUGAAUUUGAUUCCUUGUUAUCGUGGCCGUGCAAGGAGAAAAUACGACUGACAAUGAUUGAUCCAAACCGUAGUCAGGAUAAAAAGAAAAACAUAUCGACUGUUAUUGACUUGGGCAGACAAGAAUGUCCUCGGCCUUUAAGCGAAAGAGGUGAAGGAAUUGGCUGCCCUGAUUUUGUUUCUCAAGGCGUUUUGCGAAACGGGGCAUAUGUUAAAAAUGAUGCAAUUUUUGUAAUGGCAAGCAAAGUAUAACACGGGAUGUCGUGGAUUUGCACAUAUUUCUUAUUUUGGUGAAAUUUAUACAAUACAUUUUGAUUGGUUCUUAUCCCUGAUCCUUAAGGGGACAAACACA